CACAAGCAGCCAUUUUGGAACAUUGUAUUUUCACUCGCAGAGUYAGCYUAAAAGCAGCUUCUUUUGAUAGAAAAAUAUGGCUUCGAGAAAAGCAGAGAGACCRGAGAUAAAUUUCGUUCAUCAAAAUGCAAUUUUGUGUGAAACGAUUCAAAAAGAACAGAGAAAUCAGCAACUAUAUACGAACUAUAGCGUGAAUCCCUUCAAGAAAAUGUAUACCUUGACUGGGAAGCCUAAUUCAGAGCAUGAUUCGGCAGAUGGAGAAGAAGACGAUAAUUUUCUUAGAGUCAUAAARAGAGCACAUAAAACACCAGUACAGAAGUUUGAAUUCCCUCAGACAUCUGCACAAGAAUACGGCUGGAAUACAGAUCCACUGAUUGACAAGACAUGGUAYGAUCAACGUCUACAUCAUCCAAGAACCCAUUCAGAAAUCACUAAAUACAUGGACGCAGCMUGGAGGGUUAAAGAACAGUCUGAGAAUAUGAACUAGUAUUUUGGGAAUACAAUGAAUUUGUUUGUAAAUAGUUUUCUAUUGUAAAUUGUUUUUUCUCUGCACUGUACAAACAAGCUACAUUUUAGUYUUUUUUAAUUGAAUAAAGGAAAUACAGCAUAUUGAGGUGAACGAAGUGCAAUUUUGGAUUGUCUCAAGAAGUAAAGUUUUAUCCUUUUGAAAUUUUAACUAGAAAUUACAAAUUCACAAUGUCAAUUGGGAAUGAGAGGGUUGCUUUUCUUUUUCUUUGUAAAUUCAGUUUCAGUGCAGUCUUUUCAUYGAAUAAAGAGAAUGAUUACAAUAAAUAAA